AUGAGCCCCAACAACAACCAGGCAGGUGGAGUCAAGAGGCAACAACAACAGCUCGCUUGCAGUCCGCCAGCCGUCAGCCCACGGAGACACGCAAUUAUAUCUGCUCCUUGGCUGGGUCCUGCCUCAAGUCGGUGUAUCUUGCAAGAAUAUGUUAAGAGGUGGCAGGCAAUAAGAAGGGCCGUUGCUGGAAGUCUCAAAUACGAAAACAGGGCUUUUGAAAUGGAGAUCAGGCCAUGCUCCUCUGCACAUACAGUAAUGCAGUUGUGCCGAAGUUAUCCCCGUCCAUUUGACUCCCUUAGUACAGUUCCCUCGUAUAAGCAUGGGGUUGUCCCGGGCGUUAUGGCAAGGGUUAAAGGCUAUGUGUUUGCUACUGCAGGGUUUAGCAUACAAACGGCGCCAGAAUGCAAGUCCUAUGCCAACGCUAUGAUAUUCACAUCGUGCGGGGGCGGAGCGGCGACCACCGUGGACGGCGCCCUUCUGUCGGAGGCGCACGGGCUGGUGGCCGACAUGCUGCAGGACCCCCACCUCCCGCCCUCCGUGGUGUCGGGGCUGCAGGCGCUCUACCUCCUGCUGUUCCACCUCUCGCAGGACGCCUACGCCUCGGGCUCAGACACCGAGGAAAACCCCUACACGGGCGAGCGGCCGUCGAUACACAGGAGGAGCGGACGGAAGAGCGUGGCACCGAGCCUCCUGCGGCGGAUGAGCACCUCCACCUGGACGACCACCACGAGUGCCACCGGGAUGCCAACCCUGGAGCCGACACCGUGCCGCAAGAGAGCCUCGUCCUUCAGGGCUGUUGUAGACGUGACGCCCUGCGGGAGCCCCACCCACGCCUGUUGCCUGGAAACGCAGACGCGCCUGGACCCGACCUGCUCCCCGAAGAACAGGUCCUACUCCACCACGGCCUUGUACCAGGGCGCGCCGCGGAAGCCCGCCAUCAGGGAGCGGCAGACGGUGUGCUCCCUGCACCCCCUGGGCGACUACGACGUGAACCACCUGGACCGCGUCGCCAGGGGGCUCCACGAGGGCGCCAACUCGGAGAGCUCGACGGCCUACUCGGACCGCCUGACGCGCCUGCAGAAGCUGCCCAACCAGCACGUGUGCGAAGGGCUAUGCGAGGACUGUACCCGGGCGCAGAGCGACGGCCCGGAGGUCCCCUUCACCACGCAGGAGGACCUGAGUCCCAUGUGCGAGUGUAACUGUACCGAGAAUAUCCGUGUUCAUGUGUGUGACUCCAUAGUGUCGAGUGCUAAACAGACAGAAACCCUUAACAAUGAUGCAAAUUCUGAUGCAACAAAUGCCAAUAUCGUGUACCAAAGACGUGCCCUGCGGGUCGCCACGUCGGACUACGAGAGUUCCGACUCCCCGUGCUCUAUAGAGGUGAUUUCUCACGGCGUCUUCGUGUUGCCUGAAGAUGGAGUGACCUUUGACCUCGACCUCCUUCAAGACCACCCCCUCCUCAACCGUAUAUCGGAGUGGGAUUAUCCAAUUUUCGAUCUCCAGGAUAUGCUGUGUUAUCAAGUGUUUUCCGAAGUAGGACUUUUCGAGACCUUCAAGAUCCCGACCAAGGAAUUCCUCAAUUAUUUCCAUGCUCUGGAACUCGGAUACAGAGACAUCCCCUAUCACAACAGAACUCACGCAUCCGACGUUCUGCACUCUGUCUACUACCUCACUUCCCAGCCCAUCCCCGGCUUCAUCAUGCUGCCGCCUGAACCGGUCUGCGGCUCGCCCCGCCUGGUCCACCGCCAGAGCUUCACCGCCGAGGACACCUACGGCAUCCUGGGUGCCAACCUGCCUGCCCUGGAGCUCAUGGCACUCUACACGGCCGCUGCCAUGCACGACUACGACCACCCCGGUCGUACGAAUGCUUUCCUUGUGACGACCAAUGCACCGCAAGCGGUUCUGUACAAUGACCGCAGCGUCUUGGAGAACCACCACGCCGCCGCAGCCUGGUCUCUCUUCCUCUCGAAGCCCGAGUACAACUUCCUCACUCACUUGGACAGAGCCGAGUUCAAACGCUUCAGGUUCCUGGUGAUCGAGGCAAUUCUGGCGACGGAUCUCAAGAGGCACUUUGAGAUACUGGCGGAAUUCAAUGCCAAGGCCAACGAACCCGACGCCCCGGGUUUAGACUGGAGCUCGGAGACGGACCGCCUCCUCGCCCUCCAGAUGUGCAUCAAGCUCGCCGACAUCAACGGACCUUGCAAGGCGCUCGACAUACACACGCAGUGGACGCGCAGAAUCGCCGAGGAAUUUUAUGAACAAGGAAAAUUUGGAAAAAAAAUCAUGAUUAAGUACCUAUCACUGCACACAACAUGUUUUGAGCAACGUAACCCAACUUACAACAAUCACUAUGGAAAGACCGAGAUAGAUUUCACCAGGGAGUCAAGCGACGAGAGCAGUCCUAGGCCUCCCGAUCUCGCCCUACAUGACCGCACGAAUCCCCAGCUCUCCAAAUUGCAAGAGUCCUUCAUCAACCACCUCGUCGCCCCGCUCUGCAACGCCUACGGGGAGGCGGGCCUGAUGCCGGGCGUGUGGCAAGACUCCUGCGAGGACGACGAGGCUGAACCCAAUCUCAAGCUGGACGAGUUUCCUGACGAGGACGAGGACGAUCCUCCCACCAGCGAAUCGGACACGGCCACCCAGAACAGCGGACGCACGCGCAAGAUCUUCUGCUUGCAAACGCAGCACCUGCAGGAGAACCACCAGCACUGGGUGAAUAAGAUUAAGGAGGAACAGCGCCUGGACGAGCAGUCUGAGUCAGGCUCGGACGGCGAGGAGGCCGCGGCCGCCGCCGACGUGUCCCCUUGCAGCUACACCCCCCAGCCAAUGGUUCUGCCGCUUAACGGAGACGAACCCAUGGAACCGAUUGAGGAGGAGAGAACCCCUGCUUCCAUGUCCUCAUCCCGCAGCUUCAGUUUUGAAAAAGAAGAUUCGAAACUUUGAUGCCCAGCCUGUGUCAUAGUCUAAAUAAGUAUCUUCCAUUAUAUUACAAAGCAGUGAGAAAUUUCAGA